AUGGUCGCCCCAUACCUACCUAGGCCAUACACGCCUAACGUAGCUUUUCCUUUUCAACUACCUCACCAAGCUGGUUUCCCUUUCCAUGGCUACGCCAUGCAACCCCAUAACGCAGCCGUUCCACAACCUCAGGCAUCUUGCCUGAAUCCUAACCAACAACCAUAUGAUGCUCAGCAAGCUUUCCACCAAGCCCCGGCCCUCUCCUACUCCGUUGAAGCCCCACAAAUGCCUCGUCCACAACGAGAACAUAUCAGAGUAACGCCUGCCCACACGUCAGGGCGUAACAAGCCUUUGACCGAUAGCCUGAGGCUAACUCCCAUACCCCUGGGUUUCAAGGGUCCCUCCAACAUCACCACAUACGUUGGCGAUACCGAUCCAUUUGAGUGGAUCCAGAAAUUCGAAGCAGCAAUGACACUCCACGGCGAAACGGAUUUACUCAUGUGCCGAACUUUCCCAACAUUGUUGGGAGGGAGAGCCCUUACCUGGUACACCACCCUGCCAACAGGCAGCAUUGCGUCAUGGGACGAUUUAGCAAGCAAGUUUCAAUCCCAUUUUGCAACCAGUCGCCCCGUACCCAAAUCCGUGCACGCCUUUGAAAAAGUCCGACAGCUUUCUGGCGAGACCCUCUGGUCCUUCCUAGAUCGUUUUGAUAAAGAGGCCUUGCAAGUGCAAGGCCUAGACCCCAAAGUACAGGUACAUAUACUCUUGUCAGGCUUGCGACAAGGAGAGUUCGCUUACGACCUCGCGCGACAUGAAAUUACUGACUUAGAGGAAGUCAAGAAAAAGGCGCAGGAAUUUAUGAGAAUUGAAGAAUACAAAGGGAGUCGAGCUAAUGACUCCCACUGUCAAGAAAAGGCGAUCAGCAAGGGAAGGAAUCAUGUUGAGGAAAAUAGGAAAGGAUACCAAGCAUCCAGCCGUUCCGCCCGCCAUUCUGGGCGGGACACAUCCGAACGACAGUCGCACGCUGUCUUACAAACAGAUUACAAAGAGGGUGAGAAAAGCAACCAAAGGCCCCAGCAACCAAGCAAAGAGGUCGCACCAUACUGCAAGUUUCAUCGCAGUAGCGGCCACAACACAGAGGAUUGCAGGCGCCUCAAGGACGAGAUCGACGAACUCAUCAAAGGCGGUACACAAAAAAGCAGAGGAGAUAAUGCUCGCCCCUCCAGAUCAGAAAGGCGAUACCGCGACCGAAGCAAGUCGCCAGAAAGGAGGAAAACCAAUCAGGCCAAUGUUCGGUCCCGCCAAGAACGAGGCCAAAGAGAAGACUCACCUCAAAGAACCAGAACACAGACAAGCCCGAGCCGAGGAGGGAGGCGAGUUGAAGAAGAAGACUCUGCCAUCAUCAAGCACGGAGUAAUUAAUAUGAUCUCUGGAGGUUUAAGCCGCGGGGGCGAAACGUCCAUUGCCAGGAAGAAGCAUCUAAAACAAUGCCUAAUGAUUGCAGGAAAGGUGAUCAGCAAAGAUAAAGGGCACCAUGGCGCAGCCAGGCCAAACAUAGUUUGGGACAACAGCGAGUUGGGGGACGUUCUCCCCGGGCACGACGACCCACUUGUCAUCCAAGCGAUAAUCGCCAAUUACGGCGUCAACCGUGUAUUUGUUGACCACGGCAGCUCAGCCGAUAUUUUAUUCUUGCCAUCUCUCAAAGCAUUAGGGUUCACAAUUAACGAUCUAACUCCUGUCGCAGGUGAACUUUCAGGUUUCAAUGCUACCACCUCCAAGCCUUUGAGGGUGAUAAACCUGCGUCUCUCGCUUGGAACGCUGCCAACAUCACGAUCCGCAGACAUCCAAUUCCUAGUGUUGGAUACACCAUCCGCUUACAAUGCCAUUCUAGGCAGGAGGAUGUUUGCAGCCUUUGAGGCGAGCAUCUCCCACCCCCACCUGGCAAUGAAGUUCAUAGCCAGAGAUAAUAACAUAGCUACUAUACGAGGAGAUCAAAUUGUUGCCCGAAGUUGCUACAACAUCUCUCUGCGGCCAAUGACAAAGGUUACCUUCAAAAAAGAAGCGACACCCCAGCAGAAGGAGACAUCCCCAGCUGAAGGAAAUCCCGAACCAGUGCUUCUUGGUAGAUUUUGA